AUGUCCCGCUGGGGCCUGGAGUUCAGGACCCUUAUCUGCAGGAGAGCUGCUGGGCCCCCCUUGGAGCAUGGGGCCCCGCGUGUCCCCGCGCAGACCGUGCUCUUCCAGGGCAAGAGGGCCGGCCUGACGUACCGCGUGCCCUCACUCCUGCCCGUGCCCCCCGGGCCCACCCUGCUGGCCUUCGCGGAGCAGCAGCUGAGCCCCGACGACGCCCACGCCCACCGCCUGGUGCAGAGGACCGGCACGCUGGCUGGGGGCCCCGUGCGGUGGGGCGCCGCGCGCGUGCUGGGGGCGGCGGCCCUGGACGAGCACCGCUCCAGGAACCCCUGCCCGGUGCACGUCGCGCGCACGGCGGUCUUCCUCUUCAUCGCCGUGCACGGCCGCGAGGCCGCGCAGAUCGCUGCGGGCGAGAACGCCGCGCGCCUCUGCUGCGUGACCAGCGGGGACGCGGGGCGCAGCUGGGGUGGCGCGCGGGACCUCACAGCGGAGGCAGUGGGCGGCGCCGAGCAGGACUGGGCCACGUUUGCUGUCGGCUCCACCCAUGGCGUCCGGCUGGGCUCGGGCCGCCUGCUGGUGCUGGCCUACACGUACCGCGUGGACCGGCGAGAGUGCUUCGCUGCACGGAGCCCUGGGCGAUCCACGAGGGCCCCAGUGGCUACUCUGACCUGGCGUCCAUCAGGCCCACCCCCGAGAGAGCCCUGA